AUGGAAUAUUCCCUGUUUUGCAAAUGCUACGCCGAGUUCCUCGGCGUUUUCAUUUUCAUUUUUUGCGGCACGAUGCAGGCAAAUGUCUACGAUAUUAUGCAGCCUGACGGUCUUACCCAUUCUGCAUUAACGCACGGUUUUGCGACGAUUGUGAUCAUUUUCACACUCGGCCAUAUUAGCGGCGGACAUUUCAACCCAGUUGUUUCCUGGGCGGCUACCCUCAUUGGAAAACUUCCGAUAUGGCACCUGCCAUUCUACAUGCUAUCCCAAUUUUCUGCUGGAUUCUGUGCUUGCCUUCUAUCAGCUUGUCUCCAACGACAAAGAGAUUUUAUUGUUUGGACUCCAAUUGGCGAUAUUGAGAAUGCUGUGGCGAGUUCGAGUAUUCGUGCCGGAUAUAAUAGAAGGAAUAACUCGACAUGGCAGAAGUCGAUAAUGCUGACAACGCAAUUAGCUGCGACGUCGUCGGGAGCUACUUUAUUAAACCUUUCGAAUGACUGGUGGGAGGGAAUAAUCAGCGAAAGCAUCACGACUUACUUUUUCGUCACUCCAGCCACUUUCUCAAAAAGAAAUUUUUUUUCGAAUCCUGCGGCUCCAUUCAUUAUUGGGAUGAUGGCAAUGGUUGAUAUAUUUGCAACCGCUUCGAUAACCGGCACCGCAAUGAAUCCAGUUCGAGCACUUUCUCCGAAUAUUGUCGCCGAAAUCGUGCUUUCUUCAAAAACAAUCCCAAACAACUUUUGGACAUUUCAUUACAUUUAUUGGGUUGGUCCUUACAUUGGGUCGAGUGUUGCUGUGAUAACAUACAAAUUCUUUUUGUCAAGAAAUGGAAGAUUCGUCAAUUGA